AGGCGCUUCUUUCCAGAAGGCAGAGAGCAAUGCUCAGUCUACUGACAGACGAGCCAGCAGACCGACAAGGAGCCAGGACAUAUUCUCACAGCACUAACAGACGGUAACAGCACCAGUGGGUCUCCUGAAGCCCACUUUCGCUCUCCUGGGUGUGAUUGCUCCUGAAGGCACAUUCAGCCUCCUCUACUGCUUACAGUGAAGACCUGCAGAUGCACUCAACCACAGGCUUGCCUUUCAACCCUGCAUCUGUCUCGACACUCACACCAAAGCUGUACCAGCAGGAGGAGGAUACACAUGUUUUAUUGACAGAGCUACAGGUGGUUUGAGUUUGAACUACGAGUGGACUGGAGUGUUUUUUUCCUGAUGGUGAGCUGUGUCGUCUUUGGAGAAAGUAUGUUGCCUACUGUUGUGGCAUGUUUGGUAUUCAUCCUGCUGGGCUCGGGGCAGGCUCAGGUUGCCACACACACUCAGGGGCAGAGCCAGGGUGUGGGCCACGGGCAGGACAGCGCUCCUUGGAGACAGGUGAUUCAGUGGGAGAACAAUGGCCGGGUGUUUAGCCUGUUGAACAGUGGAGCUGAAUAUGUUCCUGCUGGGGCGGUUGCCCAGGACAGAGGUCCCAGAGUGGUUGUGGCGGAUGCUCGUCUACGGUCCUCACGUAGACCUCAGGGAGGCAAUGUCCGUCGACAGGCUCCAUCAAGAGGAUCCUCUGAGACUGUCCGUGGGCAGGCAAGGCAUCCUUUUGGCUUUGGCCAAGUGCCUGAUAACUGGAGACAAACUUCAGGCAGCACUGGCGGUAGUCAGUUCCAAGGAUCCUCUAGCACUCGCUUCAGGCCAUCCACAGGCUCUUCCUCGUCCUCAUCAUCCUCAUCUUCCUUUUCUUCAUCUUCUUAUAAUGUACCCUCGUACCCACAGUACCCAUUUCCCCAACAGACUCCCUUCCAACCUUACGAUUCUAGUUUUGUGGAGGGACCAGUCAGGAGCUACGAGCCACCUUUUCAGCAGCCCGUUGUCGGUGGAGGAUAUGGCGUUGGAGGGCAAGGUGCUGGACGGGGGUAUGUUGGAGGAGGGUAUGCAGGUGGCCUGGCUCCAGUGCUCCCAGGCUCUCCCUCAGAUUUUACUGACGAUGGCUACCGUUACUACCAGUCUUAUGGCUACGGGCCCAAUCCUGUGGUGCCUGCACGUGCUGCCCAACCACCGUUUGCAGAUGGUCUGGAUCACAGAUACACCCACAGUCUCUACAACGAGGACUCAGCUCCUGCCGUCCCUGCCCCUGAUGCCAACCAGGCCGCUCCCGCAAUAGUAGACAUAACAGGACCAGCUGGUCAACAACCAGUCAGGAGCCCUCAAUAUGAGCAGUUUCCUCCAUUUGGAAGACCUCAGCCUCCAUUCCUGCAGCCCAUUCCUCCUGGCAGAAAUUCUCCAAACUCUGCCCUUGAGAACCCCAGUCUGAAUGUCGGGAGUGUGUACCGGCCAGAACAGAGAGGUUUGCCUGACCUGGUUCCUGAUCCCAACUAUGUCCAGGCCUCCACAUAUAUCCAGAGGGCCCACAUGUAUUCUCUCCGCUGCGCUGCUGAAGAAAAAUGUCUGUCAAGCACCGCCUAUGGCCCUGAGACCACCGACUAUGAUGUAAGGGUCCUGCUGCGAUUCCCACAGAGGGUGAAGAACAAGGGGACUGCUGACUUCAUGCCUAACAGGCCACGUCAUACCUGGGAGUGGCAUAGCUGUCAUCAGCACUACCACAGCAUGGAUGAGUUCAGCCAUUAUGAUUUGCUGGAGGUCAGCACCGGCCGUAAGGUGGCAGAGGGACACAAGGCUAGCUUCUGUCUGGAGGACACCACCUGUGAUUUUGGUCACCUGAAACGCUACGCCUGCACAGCUCACACUCAGGGCCUGAGCCCGGGCUGUUAUGACACAUACAAUGCUGACAUUGACUGCCAGUGGAUCGAUAUCACGGACAUCCAGCCUGGAAACUACAUACUUAAGCUCCAGGUUAAUCCCAAAUUCUUGGUGCUGGAGUCCGACUUUACCAACAACGUGGUCAGGUGUAAUAUACACUACACAGGACGGUUUGUUAGAACAACCAACUGCAAGAUAGCACAGUCUUGAUCAGGCACUGGAAGGCUGCCACGCUAGAGUGACCCUGAUUGCUAUUCCAUUGAAAUGUGAAUGGAAUCCAUUUGUUGUUGGUUCAUUGUUGAUGUUGUUUGUCUGUUAUACUUUUCGCUGUCCUGGUAUGCUGGGCCCAUGGCAAACAAGGGUUCCACUGGCACUGAAAAGGAUGCAGGGGUUUAAAGUAGACACGCACACACACACACAAACACACAGUUGCAUAAUGCAUAUUGCACAGUGAUAUCCCAGUAAUGAAUCAGUUCACAUCCCUGCAAUCUGUGUUGUAAUAUUGUCCUACCAACUGCAUUUCUCAUAUUCCAGCUCUACCAGUCCGGUUUGGUUAAUGUUAUGACAGAUCAAUGACUCUCAACAGCUGGUUUACUGUAUCUACACACAAAAAAAAAGUCUAUGCUCACCCACGGCAGAGUGGCGCUGUUUGAAUUAUAAAUAAAGCGUGAAACGGCGCCGGUGCUGAACUGAGUGGUUCCAGACAAGUCAGGGUUCAGCUGCAAUCCAACAAAUAAAAUUAGGGGACAAAGUCUUCCCAGGUGCAUUCAUCCAUGCAGUGUGGGGACAGACAGAGAUGCCCAGUGACUCAGAAGAACUAUAAUGCCUUCACUGCCUCAGUGGAUCAGGCUGGGAUACUGUGGUUCUCUGGGCACGUCCUGUUUAAUGUUGUGUUAACAGCAAAAGGAAGACAGCAGGUCAUAUCUGCAUUUGCCAACUCCGUCAAAUUCUAAGUGAAGAUAAAGACAGACUGUCAGCACUGGGAGCUGUACUCCUCUAACUCCUUGCAUAUUCAUGUCGUGUCCUCAUUCGUCCUUUCUUAUUUCAGUAAAACAGGAACAGGAAGCUCAACUGGCAGAAAAGGGUGCUUUCCAGAAAACAAGACUGGCAGUAUGUAAGAUGUAUGUUUACGCUGUCUUGGGGUCUCUUCUUCAACUACCAACACUGGUCAGAUGGCACAUAGGUCAUCUAUGUCACCUUUUGAAGAAUGUACAUACAAAUAUUCCACUGAUGCAUGACUUUAACGAUGGAGAUUAUGUUGUUGUAACUGAUUGUACUUUGUUUAUUCAGUUUGACCUGUUACUGUAAUUUGUGAAAUUCAGUGCUACAGACUCAGUGUUAUAAUGCAGAGCGUCAGAGAGCCGUCUCUACCUACCUCUCCAACUGAGUGAGCUGUUGUUUCCUGUUAAGUGUUUGUUUCCAUUGGAAAGUCCUGCAAUGUUUCACUGCGGCCUCCAACCACUCUGUUGCAGCACAUUGCUAAAACCCUCAAAUCUAUUGACUGUAUCGAAGAACACGCAAUGUGGGAUGCAAAGAAUGACUUAGUAAUAUUUCAAAAGACUUACAGUUAUAAUCCUUGAGAUUUCACUCUUGGCUGGUUUAAUACUAUAUCAUAACAAGGCUCGAGCAGCUACUUUGUCAGCAGCAUUACAGUCGAGGAGCAACUGGCGUAUCUGUUUUUACAGUACAACCAAACAAACUCACAUUUAAAUGAAGAAUUAAUCAGAAUGAAAAUAUAUUCAUGCUGAACACAGGGCCAGUAGUUUUCCACACAAACGGCAGGGCACGGUAACAGGAGUUGGUUACACUGCUGAGAAGCUGAAGCUGUGCAGCCUGUCUUGGCCCUCUUGUUUCAUUAAUCCUUGCAGUGUUUUAAAACUGAUCUGCCGUUGUCUUGUUUUGUAUCUUGGUGACGCAAAUAUUGCAUUUGCUUUCCAACAGAAGUACAGUAAUACAGUAUAAAGAGAGUGAACAGUGAAGGUUGAUAUCAAUGAGAUAAAAUUGCGAGCAGUAACGCUGAAUUACAUGCAUGCAGCCUUCCCCCUUUAAAGGCAGUUUUAAUCCAUAGCAGGACUGGCGGACCCCGCCUCCGACAUGUAGAACUAUGACAGAGAAAGUUGAUGACUGAAUGUAAAUACAUUGAAUGGCGAUUGCAGAAAAAGGGCUGCCCAUAAAGUCUAUCAAACAUUGAGUUUGAUUACAUGAAAAUCUUAAGGAUUAUAACUUUUUCUAUGAAUGUGAUAACUGUUGAACCUAGUUAAUCGCAACUUUUUUUGCUGUAACAAUCCCAUUUCUAUGUAUUGAUCAAACAAUGACAAUGCACCAAGAUUGUUACUGUUGAAUUUGGCUCAAUUUUUAGUUUACUUUUCUUUUUAACAGUUGCUUUAAAUGCAGAUUAUACCUAGCCUCUGGAAUCCAAUUUACUGCCCAUAGCACACAUGCCUUUCAUAUUUUACUGUGCAUAGUCAGUUCUUUGAUGUGAUCUGCAUUUUACUUCGGUAGCUCAUGAUCAUACUGUAUGCUCACUGAAAGCACAAGAGUAGGUGACAGUUAUACAGCAUCUUUGACAUGUGGUGAUGAAAUUUGUAUUUUUCUAACAGUGAUCACCUGUCAGAAUUGUCAUAUACAAUAAAUACAUUUACACAUUUGC